CUUCCAACUCUAUGAUUCUAUGAUUCCUCCAUACGUUGCUUGUUUGUAUGAAAUCCAGAUUCCUCAUCAAAUCUAUGUGUGCAAUUUAAAUUAGCAGUUUGGCUUGUAUUGUAUUAUCCAUACCUCCACAUGAUAUACGAAAAACUGAGCCUCAUUGAUGAAGCAGCAGUGGCUAGUUUUUAACUGUGUUACACAGAUCAAUCCAAACCCCUGAUCUACUGUGCUGGAGAAGAACAGCAUGAGAACCUAUAUACUUUAGUAUAGCUGGGAAUAAAGGUUUUUUUAAACGACAAUGACAACCUUACCUCAUUGAGUUUAAGUAUGCUGUUACCUAGCUUAUUCCCAGGUCAAUGGAGUAGUUGUGACUUCAUCAGUGACAACUCACAGGCCUCAAAAAGUCCAAUUAAGAUCUGACUAGGGAGCAGUUCAUAGUGUACCAUAUUCAGGAGGGUUGGAUUUUGGCCUGAAAAUGUCUCGGUGUGGGGUCUGAAUUUCUUUUUUAUAUUAUUAUAAACCAAGGAAAAGGCAGAAUGUCAACAUAGCACUGGCUUCAUCUCACAUGGAGAACCAUUUGAUAUCAAAGUUCCUGCUGGGGACUGUGCGGAAGGAUGGCGUCUGCAGAACCCCUGACUGCUUUCUCCCGUUGGUACCUCUAUGCUAUUCAUGGUUACUUCUGUGAGGUGAUGUUCACAGCUGCUUGGGAGUUUGUGGUCAAUUUCAACUGGAAAUUCCCAGGUGUCACUAGCGUAUGGGCACUCUUCAUCUAUGGAACUUCCAUCCUCAUUGUAGAAAAGAUGUACCUGUACCUGAAGGACAAGUGCAACAUCCUAGUGCGUUGCCUGAUUUACACCCUGUGGACGUAUACUUGGGAGUUCACCACCGGCUUCAUCCUGCGCCAGUUUGAUGCCUGCCCUUGGGACUAUUCACAGUUUGACUUGAACUUCAUGGGCCUCAUAACCCUGGAGUAUGCCAUUCCAUGGUUCUGUGCAGCAGUCAUCAUGGAACAGUUAGUCAUCAGGAACACCCUGCGUUUGCGAUUUGAUGAGAAUGCUGAACCCGGGUCUCCUACUGCUGCUGUAACCUUGGCCAAUGGCCAUGUGAAAACUAACUGAACAGUAACUUCAAACUACACCUUGACUAAGUGAAUUCUCCUGCCCCUUUCACUGGAGACUUUUGAUGAUGGCCUCAAAAACAAAACUCCUGCUUCCUGUAUGAUAAACAAACCUCCUGUGUUUGGAGGCAUGCAUGAAAAAAUGGAAUCAGUAGGUUUUCUAUGGAUUUUUGCUCUCUUUUUUUGUUUUUUUUAAAGCAACAAGUAGCACUGUCAGCUACCUGUUGGUGAGAUAGUUUGACUUGUAACUUAUUAUGAGAACAGUCAUAAUACCUGCAUUUUACUACAUAUGGGUGGGUGGGGGGGAUAAGAGUAAUGCUCAUCAACCUUGUACAAAUAACAAGUUAGUAGAUUGGCACAGACGCCCCAUUUAACUUAGUGAUUGGCUUAUAUCCCACUAGGCAAUAUUCAGGUGCUUGCUUGCAACCAGUACCUCCCAUGGGACCCGAGAUGCUUCAGGGUCAAGGAAAACUCAUUAGCUGUUGAGACAACCCAACAGUGGCAGUCAACUGGGGAGGUGGUUUGCCCUCUUGUGUGCUCCCUCCUAAGUUUUUUGUUUUUAAAUGCACCACAGUGUAUGAUAAUAUGGUGCUGGACAUCUUCCUGGAUUUCUAUAAAAUUACUUUUUGACUCAUCCAUCCUGAGGCUCGCUAGAGACCUUCUCCCACUCCCAAUAGUCUUUUUAAAAAAUAAAAUAAAAGUCUCUUCUGCUGGAUUAAUUAUAUCAUUACUGUACAAGUUGCAUUUUUGGCCAAGGAGCCCAAAACGGGAGAGAAAUGGCUGAAGUCUUCCCUGCCUCCUAUCCUUGUUCUUUGUAAUAGAACUGAACAGAAGGGCUGCUUCAGCUCCGAUUCGCCCCAUAGUAACUGUUCACAUUACCAGGAUCCUCUCUGCCUUCCUCCCUUGAGAAUUCUGUCACCAAUGAUACCACUGGCAAUAAUUGUGGACCAUUGGCCCAGGUAUUGAAGUCUCUGUGUGUCUCCUGGAUUUAUUGGGAAUUAGAAUUGUGCAAGACACUGUGCAGUGCUCAUCUGCUUCUACAGAUCUUCGGGAAGCUAUGCUUGAUGUUCUUCUCUAUGUACUUAACAGCAGUAUUAGGGGUGCAGUAAUCUCUCUUCAGAAAGCUAUGAGUCGCUGGAGGUGAUAUCCCACUGCUUUAUGGUGGGGAGUGCUGAAAAGCCAUUCUCCAGGAUCUUCCAAAUGGAUUGUGACCAGUGUAGGUAGGACGGGAGGCAUUCUCGAACCACCUUCCCUAAGGUUGGCUCCCCAGAGAUUGCUGAACCACAACCUCCAUCAUCUCCAGCCCACAUGGCCAGUGGUCAGAGGUUAUGGGGGUUGCAGUUCAACCUCUGGGGGACCCAAAGUUGGAGAAGGCUGUUUCAGAGCCUGCAGAAAGUAUGAAAGACCGAAGGACAGCUUAAAUUAACAAAGCAUCCAAUAGCCUUAAGAGGAGGGUAUGCUGUUACUAGACCUCCUGGGUAAAAAUAAAGAAAGAACCAGGUAUCAUUUGCACUGAACGGAAUUGAAUUGCACUAGCAAUGAGUUGAGCUUGGGAUGCAAGUUUCUUUAUGUGGCUGCAGUCUCAUCUUCUGUGGUUUGUUUAGAUGAGGCCUGCAUUAUUGUUUGACUGACCAUUGACUGUUUUCUCCAUCUGGCAGUCAGUUAACACAGCUGUUGUUUGUUCUGUUGAAUUUCAUUCUACCACCCAGGAUGGGAUCUGCAUUGUUUUAUGAAUAAGAAUAACUGUAACAGUAUCUUGUCUUGUAUUUUCGAAGUGUAAUUAGUUUGUUCUUCCUAAUUUUCGCUCAGGUGUGAAUCCAUUGCGGGCAAUGGAUCUGCUGGAGCACUGAAAGCAGAAGCUUAUUCAGGUCUGCCCUGUUUUAGACACGUGUCUCCUGAAAUACUCAGCAAACACACAGAGAGAUUAGCGUUCCCAUUUAUCAUUCAUCCAUUUUAUAUUGAAUUAAAUUGUGUUUCCUGUCUGAGGCAGUGCCAUGCAACAACAUGCUGCAAUAAUGGUCAGCUGAGUGGAAAAUAAAAUGGAGGAGAUAUUUAUUGGCUAUGGAAUCACAAUCUUAA